AACUUUCGAACUGGGCGCCUGUCUUAAAUAGCUGUCGCAUUAGAAUCUAUAAUAAAGAUGGCUACUAUACGUGCAUGGUGCAUUUCCUCGCGUGCCGUAAGCGCAAUUCGAUGUCGCUACGAUCGCCGGCAUCACUACACACCCCUGCGCUCUCUUAUUAUUGGUAAAACAUCUGCCUAAAGAGAUUUCUUUUGAAUGCUGCUGCGAUCCGCCAAAGGCGAAGGGGUACGCGCGCCGGCGUGAAACCUUGGCGAGACCGUACCCUAACCUGAAAGCGUGCGUGUCCGGGGUCGAGGAGUCGGCAGAGUCGCGUUGUUAUAAAAUCAGUAUCUAUUCGUCCACGGUAAGAAAACUCUCUUUGGUAGCAACACAGAGCGCUCUUGUGAUCAGGCGGUGGGGGAAGUCAGUUCUAUAUUCUGGUGGGGACUGUGAUCCCUCGCGCAACUUGGCACACGUUCUCGUGUAAACGCUCGUAAGGAGCGAAUACCACUUGGUCAGAAAUAGUGUUGGUGCCGAUUAUUGUCACUAUAUACGUGUAUAGACUUUUUCGUGUUUGAACGUCAUUCGGUACAGAUGUGAGACCCAAAUAGUGAAGUAAAUGAGGUUCCUUGACGAAGACGAUAGAGGGAUAACUGGAAAGAAUCAAAUGGAUUGAAAAAGCUGUUGGAAUAAACAAGAUAUUAAGAGAAUAAGUGCUGUGCGUGCUGUGUCUUUGGUUGCUCGUCAGAGAAUUCAUCUUUUUUGAGCAACGCGAGACUGCGAGUGCUAGUUUUUCUUCUUCUUAGUCUUGUUUUCUCGUUAACUUUGUCAUUUUUCUUUCUUUCUCUUGUUCUUACUCUAUCUACAGUGUGCCUCGUCCUCUCAGUCUCACACUUCCUCCGUCCGUCUAUCCUCGAAAGAUCGCCCGGCACAACCGGGACGUGUCUACGCGCAAAACGCCUCGCAAGAGCCCUGUGAAACUAUGGAGAUAUCGAAGUCCCUCCAGGAGGAGAUACUCUCGGUUCAAAGCAAGCUGAAAAACGCCAUACGCGAUCAUCAGAUCUGCGUCGGGAAACUGAAGGAUGACCCAAACAACACAGAUAUUCUGGGUCAAAUACAAGAAAUUCAGCUGCACAUUGUAUCCUUGGGAAGAUGCCAGAAGCAGGUGGUACAGCGCCUGCGCAAGGAAGUGGAGGAUUUCAAAGCGGAUAACGUGAACGGGGCAAAAGUUUCCGUAGCCUCGCUCCUGGGUAUCAACAAUAACAAUCACAUCACCAACAACAAUGAAGACAGGAGCGAACUCGCCCAAUCUAAGGAAAUCAAUGGAAUCAGCAGGCGAACAUCGAAAGACGAUUACGAGGAGGUUGUGCAUAAUGGUGAUGUUCCAUCUCCCACGUCUCAAGAAAAUGAUCGGGCCAAGGAACGACCUUACUCCGUGGAAACUAUUUCUGGUGAGGAUGAGGUCAUCGAGGUGUCCCUUGAUGAGAAUUCACACGAGAAGCCGGAAGAAGAUCCAGUCGAGAAGAAGAUCGAAUCUAUGGAACAAACGACCUUCCUGGGUAAUCUUGGUCUCAUCACCAUAGACAGAUUCACAGAGUUACAGAAUAAACGCGCUGAGAGAAAACGCAGGAGCACGGCCAAUCCACAGUUUGUUUAUUCUAAUUGGGAAAUUCCCACGUCAGCUGGAAAUGCACCGCAAACUCGCCAAACGACAGCAAGACUGAAUGGACCUUCGCCACCACCAAGCAAGACGUCGCCGCCGAAAUCGUCCUCACCUUCUACGAGGACGCCAACCAAGUCUCUGAUACCCACGCAGAAGGCUACCACGCGUCCCAAUAUCUUGCGAAAUGCUCAGGAGAGUAAGGUCUUCCCAGGAAAGGGUAAACUGGAAAAUGGUUCCAGUCAAGUACAACUGCCUUCUGCAAAAUCAGUUCAAUCGGUUGGUAGCAAGGCAGUUCACAUACCAGGAUUGCCUUCCAGUUUAACUAUAGAGAGGAUUGAGAAUGAUUCUUCAGUCUGUAUACACUGUAGAAAUCCAGGAACUCUAACCAUUUGCGACAACUGUUCGGCUAACUAUCAUGUAUCCUGCCAUUCGGUAUCGCCGGCUCCUUCCAGAACGUGUCCGAAAUGCGCACCAAAGUGCAAGGAUCGCGAGGAUGGGCCUGCGAUGUCUUGCAAGAAGGAUGACGAGCUCGGCUCAGCAUCGUACGCGUCAGGAGUUGCUGGGAAAGCAGGAAAAGACACAGAGGUCCAUAAAGCGACUCGUGGACUUUAUAAAACUAAUGCAGCUAACAAGAGACAACACCUCUUGUCCAACGUCCUCAGCAUCAACCAGCUUCCAUCGUCAACCUUCCUCAUCCCAAUCACCGCCAAUACAAUCACCACCAACGCCGCAGGACAAGAAAUCACCUCAGGCAUCAAUGCCAGUAUUAACAACAAUACCACCACUACCAGUACAGGAACCAUCACAUGUCCAACAGCCACCGACAACCGGGAACAAUUCGAAAACACCUACCCCCCGGUCGUUCUCAAUCAGCUCACCAGUCAGUCGAGUGUCUCCUACGUCCAGUCGGAGUCCCAAGUGUCCUACGCCUACCAGUUGUCCGUCAACAAUUCCAGCAACAACGGGAACAGCAGCAACCAAUCGGAAAAGCAUCAAUCCUAUCUCAUCGUUAAGAAAAUCUCAGAGCCAAGUGGGCUGCACGGAAAGCGUGGACUGCAGCAACAGCAACAGCAAUACACCGCCGCCACAAUUGCAGCCACUGGCAACACGUCAGAUCUCAGUAGUCAAUCAGAAAUCCAAGAUCAAUCCGUUAGCAAGCACCAGCAGUCAAGUGCAACCAACAACGAGUCAAGGAUUGACGAUCAGUCGAAAGUUGCGCAUGUCCAACGAUCUUCCAAUUCAGGCUCAUGUGGAAAGCACACCGACGCGCCCCACGAGUCCAUCGAUAAUAACAAUACAAGGGGUAGGAAAAAGUCUGCCAAUCGUAGCGUUCCAGCGCUCCACAGACUCAGUCCCACAGAAACAGGCUAUUUCGCAAUCUCAGGGAAGCACAACGACCGUCCCGAGUCAUCAGACACGUUUAACGGUCGAAAGUCGGAAAGCGUCAGUCAAUCGGGGAGCUCAAAACACAAAGAGUUGCGAAUCCCUCAAAAGCGAGAGACAAUCUUGUGCAUUAACAGAGACAGUAAGCAACAACUCGGCGAUGACGUGUCUCUCGAACAACUGGAAGUUCCAAGGGAGUCAAACAGCAAGGAAGACGGUGUCGUCGUCCCCGAUGGGUGCUCUGCGAGGGACAGGUCGCGCUCAAACAGUCUAUUCUACUCAUUGUUCUCAGGCCAUCAACGGACCGAUCUCGUCUCCGGUGAUACUCGCUCGGAAUCACGAGAAUCGCCAGACGACGACGAUGACGACGACGACGAGGACGACGACGACGAUGAUGACGAUGCCGACGACGACGACGACGACGACGAGGAUUAUAUCGACGACGACGACGCCGAGUACGACGACGAGGAGUGCGCCGUCCUCCGUAAACUCGAUAAGGACGGUAAUCCCCAAUCAAUCAGUGGGAAGCUUGAGUGUUCAGUUAGCGGAAAGCACGGGGAACACGUGAAAUUGGAAGAAGCGCAUUUACCAGCGCCACUUAGAGCAAAGCUAACCAGUGUAACGACGGUAGAUUCCGAUGAGAAUGGUCUUCUCGAUGAAGAGGAAGAAGAAGAGGACGAGGAAGAGGACUACGACGAGCCAUCGGAUGACCCGGUAGCUUGUGACGAAGAGGAAGUCGAGUUUGAGUGUCAGCAGGAGAGUCUAGACAGCUCGGAGGAACACAGACAUGAAAUAUUUACCGACGAAGGCAAGCUGCCACGUACCCUGAUUCACCAGGAACGUACCAGUAUGGAUACAGUUCUAGACAAAAAGUUCGUACUGCUGGAGCAGUUUCAUAAUACCGGUAUAAAGGGCACAGUUGGUGAGAUGAACUAUGACGUGAAUCAGACUAAGAAUUCCCAGAGGCGGACUCGCGAUGACGAUGUUCAUCCGCGUAGAAAUUCGGCAGAUGGUGACCUGGAGCGACGCUUACCAGGACGUAGUAAUCUUUCCGAGCUCCGUAGAGAGCUCUCAGUUCCUGAAGACAAGGCUGAUACCGAGAGACAAGACUUAGUAAGGCCCCAGCAUAGUAAAGGGUCUACGCAUCGGUUCCCAGAUGCGCUCGAGGACUCUGCGGAGGACUCCAAGGAUGUAAUUAGGACUCGUAGCGAAAUCAGGGAACGUUUAGGAAUGAACAACACAGCUGUGUCAACCGAAAGUAUGCAGGUGCUGGAACAGUUUGAAUCUGUCAUACUGAAUGCUAAUGAUGCAAGCGAUGCCGCUCGUUAAAUUGUUUCUAGUUAAAUUUAUUCGACGCACAAUCAAUCAUAGGAAAAUAAUAACGUUCUCGAAUAUUAUAUUGAUAUAACAUCCCUAGUUCGAGGAUGAGUCUCUCGAUUAAAUUUUUUCUUUUCUUGUUUUCUUUUUUCUAUCGGACGUAUACUCUUUUUACACGUCCAAAUUAUUUUAUUCAGUUCUAUCGAUCAUAGGUAAAGAGUACCUAAGCUCUGUCAGGAUACGUUAAUGAUCCUCUGAUAUGUUCAGGGAAGUGCAUGUGUAAAAGACUUUAUAAGAUUGACAUUACUUCCCGUUACCAUAAUACUGUAGUGCGUUAACGAGUAUAGCUUUUGACUAUUGUUAUUUAUUAUAUACAUACUAUAGUGACUGCUCCAGCAUCGCAUUGAAUAUUAUUCCAAUGCGUUUCUCUAGGUUAAGUUCAGGAUAUGCAAGAGCACAAUUGUGAAGGAGAAUAUUCUACUAUAUUGAAAUAAUGUGGAUUAUAAUAACGGCUCGCAGCGAUCUAGGAUUAUAAUUAAGAUCCUAAUGACUCGCCGAGUCGUCCUAGCAAUUUUUACAUAGGCAAUAAUGACUGUUUUUCUUUUGCCAAAUGAAUAGAUAAAUGAUGAAAUAAGUCGAGGGUUUAAGCGAAUAAGAAAUGGCGGAUAUCCAGUCAGCCUCCUUAUUCUUUCAACUGGAGUCGCCGUACAAGACGUAUACAAGAAGAAAGAUAAUACUUAUCCGGGAUGUAUACUUGUAAUCUAAAUAAGUAUCCUGACCAAAGUGAGGACCGAUUACAGUAGAGGUCCAGAGAAAAAUUCAGGGUUGUUCCACGGAAACUAAUAGAAGAAUCGUUUCUGUAUUUUCGGUAAUAAGAGUCAUUGGAGAGUGAUUCCGUAUCUUUGAAAAAACAAGCACAUAUAUGCGAAGGGAUGAUUGCGUAGGAAAAAAAAAACAAUCUUGGGGAUGAUACGUAAAAGUGUAUGUUGAUCUAUGCGUAUAAAUGACGGUGAUACUAAAUGGUUUCCGCGAUUAUGGAAGUGACGCGUGCAAUUGAGAACUACUGUGCGCCUAAUUCUACGCAAACCAAGCCAUAUUGCCAUACUGCCUUAAUAGUUAUUUAAAAAAAAAAAAAAAGAAAAAGUACGAGAAUAAUAAUAAUGGUGUAUCCUUGUACCGUUUAAUUGCCGUGGACAAGAACCCGUGGGAGAAAGGAAAUGACGUAGCGUAAUAUUUAUUGAAAUAUCACCGAAAGGAAAUAAUCAAAAAAAAAUAUCGUGGGAAAAUAAUACAGUUCCGAAAACUAGGAGAUAUAGAUAUACGAAUGCCUGUAAAUAUUACUCCGUUUGGGCGAUACCAGUCACAAAUUAAUACAAGAGAGUCGUAUAGGUUACUUUUGAAUUAUUUUUUGUUUUUUUUUUAAUUUUUUUUUCCUUCACGUUUCUCUUCGUCACUUUUCAUUUUUUUUUCGUUUCUGGUUCCUCCAUAGUUUCUUUUUUUUCUUUUUCAUACAAUUUGUUCGGGUAACACGAAAGUUACGUGUACUCUCUGUAACUGUAGGGAUAAACAGACGUAUUUUUUCUUUUUAUUCGUUUCCGAAUAUUUUUUUCUUCUUAAUUAUGGAAUUGACACGCGACUGCGUGACACAAUUUAUUACGAUUAUUUAGUAUAAAGAAAAAAAAAGAAUGACGAUGCCACAGAAUUCUUAAGGAUGAAGUGAAAGAGCGAGCGCGAGGAAGAAUAAAGUGAAUUGUUAUCCAGUGUAGGCUCUGAUGAGAUUCAAAUUGAAAUUCGUAUUUUUAUGAAUAAAGUGAUUUAAAUGA